AUGUCAAUUGCCGAGAUUUUGCCCCUGGAGAUCAUUGAUAAGACGGUAGGACAACCUAUAUGGGUGAUGUUGACCUCACAUCGCGAAUUUACCGGUCUUUUGGUGGGUUAUGAUGACUUCGUUAAUGUGGUACUGGAAGACGUUGUUGAGUACGACGCCAACCAAGAGAUUAAACGGCACGCUGGCAAAAUGCUUCUGAGUGGUAACAACAUCGCGAUGCUUGUGCCAGGUGGCAAACGUAUAUAG